GAUCGCUUCAGCCUUUCCACAGUCAUCAGCUCCUGCGACGGAGUCUGGAGCCUUGCUACCUCUCUGCUGCAUGUGCACUCGCCACAUCUCCGAAAUGAGGUGGGCUAUGGUGCAGCGAUCAGCGCUUGCGAGAAAGGCUCCGAAUGGAAUUGGGCUUUGGAGCUUGUGUGUUGCAUGGCGGUUGCAGCCCUGGUGCCGAACACGACCUGCUGCAACUCGGCGAUCUCUGCGUGCGAGAAGAAAGGCUUCAGCUGGCUGCAAGCUCUCAAGGUGUUUGAGGCGAUGGCCUCCUUGCGGAUCAAGCGAGCCUCGGCUCGACAUUACUCUUUGGCCGUUGCGGCCACACAGAAGAUCUACAUCAAGGAAGAUCUCUUCUAA